CUAUCAAAUGACCGUCGCUUGAACAUCGACUCCAAUCUCUGACAACAUGACAGACAGGACCUCUCAUCAUUCGAUGAAACUCAGACCGAGGGCGAAGACCAAGGACAAGGCGGUGACCAAGUCAUCGUCGGAUCUUCCGUCCACCCUUCCUCCCUCGGCACUUCUCGACAAGGUCCUGUAUAGCGACCUCAUUGUCGCUCUGGAGUACGAUCUCGCCUUCCCACCUCAUGCACCGUUCGAAUACGUUAUCGAUGAUGUCAGCGACAACAGUGGACCUGGAUCGACCGAUACGACAUCUGUAUCUGUAACUGUCAAUUCAACGUCCUUGACCCCGACCUUGAACCUGAAAGAUUACGCGGUCCGAGCCAUCCUGAGAGAGUUCGAGGGGGCGGUCGAGAAGAAGGAUCUGCUGGCCGCUUGGAUCGAGGCGGUCACGAGUUGCCCCCUGGCGAGAAGGGAAGACAUUAUGCAAGAGAUGAGGAAGAGGUAUCCACGGUGUGCUAAUAGGCUGGCUGGACGAGACCCAUCAAAAAGAGAAGUUGAAGAUCAUGAAACCGAGUUGGGCAACUGGCUCGUCGCAGAGACUCCUCCAUACAGACCUACCCGGAUGGGCUUUUCCCGGCAACAUAGAUAUGUCGAAACGAUAUACCUGGACAAUCUCCUGGAAUACAAGAAGAAACGACUGUUGAAGAUCUUAAGCAUGAUGGAAGACUGGGGUACAGCUCUUCUUUGUAGCGUGUUGGUCAUCAGCAUUUCUCACCCUGCCGUUUGCAGAUACCCAGUCGGAUUCCCUCUACGCAAACUCGUUGAACAGCCCUCGGAACCCGUCAUCGUUCCCGGUCACGGCAGACUCGCAGACUCUAGCAGAAACGCUAUAUAUGAAAUGUUCUACGAUAUCGCCGUCGUCUCGCUCAUGAACUGUGAGCACGUCGAGACAUUGGACAAAGGUAGAGAUAACGAGAUCUGGCUUGAGGUGGAGGUCUUGGAAACGUCGCAUGCGGUCAUGGACAAGGAAUGGACGAGGAACGAACUUGAAAAGUAUAUCCAGGCACAUGGUCUCGAGAAAGGGUUCGAACUCAUGAAAGAGUGCAUGAAUGAAAUGCACUGGCUCGCCCAUCAUGAUUGUUAGAUCAGUUGCGAAGAAUAAAUGUAGCAUAUCAUA